AUACAGAUUGUUACCAAUGCCCAGAAGAUCAGUAUGCUAACCAUGAAAAAAACAGAUGCAUCCCUAAAAGAAUAAACUUUCUUUCUUAUGAGGAACCUUUAGGGAUCAGCUUAGCUUCAGUUGCUGUGUCUUUUUCCCUGGUAACAGUAUGGGUGCUUAGAACUUUUUUUAAGCACAAAGACAGCCCCAUUGUCAAAGCCAAUAACUGGGAACUCAGUUACACUCUACUUGUUUGUCUCCUGCUCUGCUUCCUUUGCUCUUUGCUCUUUCUUGGGCAACCAAGAAAAGCCACCUGCUCUUUUAGACAAUCUGCUUUUGGUGUCAUCUUCUCUGUGGCAAUUUCUUGUCUGUUGGCCAAAACCAUCCUUGUUUCUCUAGCAUUUAUAGCCAAAAAGCCUGGAUCAAAGAUGAGGGCAUGGGUGGGGAAAAGACUGGCCCUUUCCAUUAUCCUUUCCUGCUCUCUUCUCCAAGCCAGCAUUUGUACUGUGUGGUUGUCAAUCUAUCCCCCAUUCCCUGAGUUAGACAUGCAUUCAGUAAAUGAAGAAAUCAUUCUGCAAUGCAAUGAAGGAUUGGUCUCCAUGUUUUACUGUAUUCUGGGUUAUCUGGGUCUCUUGGCCUUUGCUAGCUUCAAUGUGGCAUUCCAGGCUCGUAAAUUGCCAGACAGCUUUAAUGAAGCCAAGUUCAUCACCUUCAGCAUGUUGGCCUUCUGCAGUGUGUGGGUCUCCUUUGUUCCAACCUAUCUAAGUACUAGAGGAAAAGCCAUGGUGGCUGUGGAGAUUUUCUCCAUCUUGUCCUCCAGUGCUGGGUUAUUAGGAUGUAUCUUUUUCCCUAAAUGCUACAUCAUUGUAUUGAGACCUGAGCUAAACAACAAGGAACACUUAAUAAGGAGAAAAGACUGA